AUGAAGAGGGAGAGAGAAAGGAAAAAUACACAACGCGACGACAAGCCCAAGACGCAGCGAUUGUUAUUAUCGGAUAGCGAGCCCACGAAACGAAUGUCGACGUCACAGCAGCACGGUGUCGAUUCCACCUCCUCGCGCCGAUUCAGGGGUACCACCGCAUCGCAACCUACAUCCGAAAAACAGAGCAAAAGGAAGGGAAGGAAUAAUACGAACAAACCCACCACAGGCGAUACGACCACGCGCCACAUCGGUGGUACAGCCACAGCGCAGAGAUCCAAGAAUGAGAAAUCGCUACCAUCGCAAAAGGAAAAAAAAAAAGACGGUACGGAUACACGCUCAACAGAGUCGCAAUUGGAAACAGAAUCCACCAGUGAAACCUCGGCAAAGCCAAAAGAGAGAGACCGCGACAGUGACGAUAAGAAAGACGAUACAGAGUCGCAGACGGUAGCAGAAAUCACGAGCGCAUCCUCGGCACUUCUAAACGAGAGAGAUCGCGACAGUGACGAUAAGAAAGACGAUACAGAGCCGCAGACGGUAGCAGAAAUCACGAGCGCAUCCUCGGCACUUCUAAACGAGAGAGAUCGCGACAGUGACGAUAAGAAAGACCAUCAGUCCAAGAAACAACAAAUGCCGUUAUCGGAUAACGAGUCCAGAAACGAUGUCGUGCUACACAGCGAAACUAUGCCGAGUCCAAAUUACGAUAAUGGUGAUGACGCUGACGGUGGCGGUGGUGGUAUUGUCAGUGCCAGUGGUGGUGGUAACAACAACAUUAUCGCUAACGGUAUCGUUGCUAGUGAUAAUGUCGAUUAUGAAGAUGGUGGUGCUGGCGGCGACAAUCCACACCACGAGGCUGACACCACACCGCAAGCG